AUGACCUUGCCGAACACUAUUCAGACUCGAAUUUCUGCCUUGGAGAAGCGACUUUCCAAAUGUAAACGUCAACUCGCACGUUUACAACAGUCCGAUGAGGGUGAUCGGUUCGAGAAGGCUCGCGACGAGGUGUUUAUCGGUAUCCUCAAAGACGCCUGUUCCCUGGUACGCGAAGGGGAGCUCGCUAGUGCUCCUUACCUUUCAGAACUCGCAAAAGCGGUGGACAGGAUACUUGACGACGCUAUUGGUUACUCGUAUGGGAGAGAAAGCGAUUCUUCUGAGCUCGAUGAAGGUCUAUACGAUUUCAUGCCUUCUUGGGCUCACGACGACGCCGGGCAUCGGCCACUAAUCCCAGACAAGGAUGCGGACAAAUUCUUCCUUCCUCCUGCUGCCCUUGAGUCGUUCGCCCGCAUCUUUCGAUCACGCUUGGGCCCAGGUGACCUUAGUGAACUCAUGCCCAAAGCUUGGAGCUCAGCUAUGAAGCGGCAUCCCAAGUCAACCAAACUGUCCCGGGUUCGGUCCAACUUACCGCCUCUGACACCUACCAACGACAAACCAUGGGCGGCUAGUGUUCUCGAUGCUCGCUGCGAAAUAUCGUCUUCUCGGUGCUCUGCUCCUAUCAGGUUUCUCACAAGCUUGGAUAGUACAUGCCUGGCUUUAACCGGAAUGGGCGGCUAUAAGAACCGUUCACCCGCGCUGGAGUACUUCAUUCUCAACAAACCUCUUGCACCCUCUACCGACUUUCCGGACAGACACUGGUAUGAACCUAAACUAGCAGGUGUCGCCUUUCACGGCAUGAUUGAUGAGGGAAGGCGACUGAUAUUCCUGGGAGACGAUGAUCGUAUCAAAUCGUACGAAUGGGGAUCUUCCACUGAGGUUUACAGGGACCCAUUGCCUGUUCAUACUUUGGAUACCGAAUCUUGCAGAGGUCCGAUGAUGGGUCUUCCUAACGGAUUUGUCGUUCGUGCAGGAAAAGGGAAUGCUGGCGUAUAUAAUAUCGAGUCCCUGCCUACGCAUGGCGAAGAUGGGGAUGAAAUCGUAGGAGAGGAGAUCGACCUCGAUGAUUUUGAUACGAUGCGAGAUGAUCCGGAAGAGAUCGAGCCAUCUUCGGGUUCAGCUCCGACCUCACACAUCAAAUUCGUCGAUCACCCUGAGUUCAAACCCAACACAUGGCAGCCUCUCAUCUCAUCUCCUUCAACUGUCAUCUGCGCCGAGUAUGCUCGCGAAGGAGGUCAAUAUAGCUGUAUAGGCAUCGACUUGGAAACGGGAAAGACAGCCAUGCACUACCUCGGUCAUGGCGCUGAUAUAUCGGCUUUCUCUGUCAGCAAAACCGACCCUCAGCUGUUCUUGUCGGCUUGCAACGAUGGAUUUGCGCGUCUGUAUGACACCAGACGCCCGCUUCCUGUUGUCACGUUUGAUGCAUGCGGCCAGAACGAAUUCUGUGAGGCCGCUGCAUUUGCUCACCCCGACAGCAUUCCAAUUGUUUUUACGGGCACUCACAAGGCAGAACAGAUCAAGGUGUGGGAUGUUCGUGCUCGAGCGUGCGUCUACGAAUUGGCAACGGGUAACAACGGGGUGCAAUCACUUUCAUGGGAUGCCCCGAAUAACUGCUUGUACGCGGCUACCGAGUGCGAAUAUAUGGAUAGGCUUGGAUACCAUCAUGAUUAUCGUCCUGCCAAGAUUCCAAAGGACCAACGGGGCCACAUGGAGCUCGAAGACGAAGAAUCGGAUGAUGAAUUCUCGGACCGCUGUUGGCCUGACAAAGCUUGGCACAAGGAAGGUUAUUUCGGCUAUAUGUUCGACUGUGGAGACCACCGCAUCAUUCGGUAUGCUUUCAAGGAGGAUCCGAACCCUACUGUGAUGCCAGAAUAUGGAGAUGCUACGGCUCGCGAUGAUUAUUGGUGA